UUAAGGGCGAUCAGUAGCUGAUCACUGCUUGAAUCAUUUUAUAUUAUCAUUUGUACGAAGUAGUCUAAGUUAGGAGAAGCACUUUUCUACAAUUAAAAUGUACACUACAAAUGCAAGCAGAGUUGGUGAUGACAUUGACCUGAAUAAGGAAUAUUCGCCUACGAAGAAUUCCAAACGUUUUUCAGAUGCAGCACAACCUGACAAAGCAGUAAUAGAACAGUUUUUGAAAAUCACUACGGAACAAACAAAAAAGGCACGUGAAAAAUAUAGCGUUCGGCAGCGCGUCACUUAUAGAAAGAACAAUACCGUCGGUGCCGAUGAUUCUGAUAAUCAAGUGGUAGACAUUUACUAUAAAGAUAAGGAGAAUGGCACACCCAUUUUUAUUUACAUACAUGGCGGAUACUGGCAGGAAUUGGAUAGACACACAUCCGGUUCGUUCGUGGAGCCGCUGGUUGAGCAAGGGUUUCGUGUAAUUAACGUUGAUUAUAAUUUGUGCCCCACUGUUACACUUAAAGCGAUUAACGAGCAAAUAAAUAAUUUUUAUGAGUGGUUGUUUACAUAUGCAAAGGAUACCCAAGCAAGUAAAAUCUCAAUUAGUGGUCACUCAGCGGGGGCCUACUUGUCGACUCUUUUAUUUAAUAAACGUUUACUAAGUUUGCCUUACGCUGAUCGUAUAACGUCAUUUUUUCUGAUCAGCGGAAUUUUUGAUUUACGAGAAUGCUGGAGUUUACCGAGCGUCAAUCCCCAGAACAUUUUGAAUUUAAAUUCAAUUAGUGCGGAAGCUAUGUCGCCAAUCAGCUGGGAAUUGGACACGCACUUCGUAGAAUUUGCAAAACAAUUGAAACUAGGCAUUUACGUUAUAGUGGCGGAGAAUGACAGUGAAACAUUCAAAGGUCAAUCUUUAGCAUAUGCAAGAAAAUUAGCAAAUGCUGGACUUCAAACGGAAUUUAAUAUAUUGAAGGGUUACGAUCACUUUGAUAUUAUAGAAGAAGUGCCUGUCAAAGGUUCACUGAUAAAUAGUUACUUAUUGAAAAAUUUAAUAUAA